GCCACGCGCGGCAGCCAGGAGCGUCCGGGCUGAGAAGGACAACAGGACCUCCUGCGGCCUCCUGCGAACCUCUGCUCCUGCCCGGCCGGGUCGCCGGGCCGCCGCUUUCCCGGCGCCUGCACCCCGCGCACCUGGGCAACAUGCUCCGGGUCCUGCUCCUUGGCGUGCUGGCACCCGCCGGCUUGGGGAUCCCCACACCCGCAGAACCGCAACCCCGCGGCAGCCAGUGCGUGGAGCACGACUGCUUCGCUCUUUUCCGGGGCCCUGCGACCUUCCCUGCUGCCACCCAGGUCUGCGAGCGCCUCCAGGGCCACCUGAUGACCGUCCGUUCCUCGGUGGCUGCUGAUGUCAUCUCCCUGCUGCUGAACAGUGCCGGCCCGCGCCUCUGGAUCGGCCUGCAGCUCCCAGCCGGCUGCAGGGACCCCGGACACCUCGGGUCCCUGCGCGGCUUCCAGUGGGUUACGGGAGACAAUCGCACCAGCUACAGCAGGUGGGCACGGCUGGAUCUCCACCGGGCGCCCUUGUGCGGCCCGCUGUGCGUCACCGUCUCCGCGGCCGGGGCCCCUGCGCCGGGCGAGCCAGCCUGGGAGGAGCAGCAAUGCGACGCCGAGGCCGAUGGCUUCCUCUGCGAGUUUCCCUUCCUCACCUCCUGCAGGCCCCUGGCGGUACAGCUCGGCGCCCCGGCGGCCGCCAGCGUCUCGAUUACCUAUAGCACCCCGUUCGGGGCCCGCGGUGCGGACUUCCAGGCGCUGCCGGUGGGCAGCACCGCCGCCGUGGCGCCCCUAGGCUUGGAGCUGGUGUGUUCUGAGCCUCCCGGAGCGGCCGAGGCGCGCUGGGGCCGGGAGGCGCCCGGCGCCUGGCCGUGCGGCGUGGAGAACGGCGGCUGUGAGCGCGCGUGCAACGGCAGCUCCGGGGUGCCCCGCUGCCUCUGCCCGGCCGACGCCGCCCUUCAGGCCGACGGGCGCUCCUGCGCUGCAGCUGCCGGGCAGUCUUGCGACGACCUCUGCGAGCAUUUGUGCUUUCCCGACCCCUCCGCGCCCGGGGCCUACUCGUGCAUGUGCGAGACCGGCUACCAGCUGGCCGCCGACCAGCACCGGUGCGAGGAUGUGGACGACUGUCUGCUCGUGCCCAGCCCGUGCCCGCAGCGUUGUGUCAACACGCAGGGUGGCUUCGAGUGCCACUGCCACCCCGGCUACGAGCUGGUGGACGGCGAGUGUGUGGAGGCCGUCGACCCCUGCUUUGCAGCCGACUGCGAGUACCAGUGUCAGGCUGUGGACCAGACUAAUUACAGCUGCGUCUGCGCCGAGGGAUUCGUGCCCAGGCCACAGGAGCCCAACAGGUGCCAGAUGUUCUGCAACCAGACUUCGUGUCCAGCCGACUGCGACCCCAACACCCCGGCUGAGUGCAAGUGUCCAGACGGCUACAUCCUGGACGAGGGCUCCAUGUGCGAGGACAUUGACGAGUGCUACAACGACUACUGCCGCGGCGGCCAGUGCCGCAACCUCCCCGGCUCCUACGAGUGUGUCUGCGGGCCGGACUCGGUCCUGGCCGGCCAGGUGAGCAAGGACUGCAGCCCCAACAAGGUGAACGGUGAUGACACCCGCGGCGAGGACGGGGGCUCUGGGGAGAUCCCCGUCAGCCCAACACCCAGCUCCACCUCAGGCCCCCCUGCGGCCGGGCAGGUGCAUUCAGGCGUACUCAUGGGCAUCUCCAUAGCCAGCCUGUCCCUGGUGGUGGCACUUUUGGCGCUUCUCUGCCACCUGCGCAAGAAGCAGGGCACUGCGCGGGUCAAGACGGAGUACAAGCCCGCCGCCCCCGCCAAGGAGGCGGUGCUGCGGCAGGUGCGCACCGAGCGGACCCCACAGACACUCUGACCCGCUCCCUCCCUCUUGGAGCCGCAGUGGGUCCCUUCUCUUCCUCCGGUGCCCCCAGGGCCCCAACUUUACUCCCUGGCUACCCAAACGCACUUUAGCUGGCAUUAGAGCUGGAGGAGACCCUCCUUCCUCUUCUCCAAGCUGAUUUCACUGAUUCCAUGCCUCGCUGGGGAGCAGGUGACUGCAAGGGGCUCUUCCAGGACGUCACCAGACAACAGCGGAGACAGACUGCAGUGUCCCAGUCUGUACCAGGGGGAGGCAGGAGGGAUGGGCAGUUUUGGUUGACAGCUUUGGGGGCAGACCUUGACCCAGUGGGCUGGUGAUGACCAAAAUAUUUAUUUUUUUAAGUAAUUAGGAUUUUUUUUCUUUGCUUACCCUCCUAUGUGUCCCUAUCUGUAAAGUCUCAAAACUCCAUUUUCCAUACCCGCCCUCCCAAUAGAUACAGUAUACACACUCACUUGUCCUGUGACAGUUAAAUUAUCUUGGUGAUAAUUUAAUUUAAUCCAUACCCCACCUCCCCCAGCCCUCUAGAUUGAUAAAGCAAGCCUCAUUUCACUCCUCAUUCCUCCCAGGAAGGGGACCAGCUUAUCUGAGUCACUGUACCUGUGACGGAGCUUACUUCUUUCCAUCUUAGUUGUCUGCCCAGGCCCAACUCCCAUGUGAAACAGGAACAAAACACUAAAAAUGAAUGGAGCUGGUCAUUUGCUCUUUCACCAGAUCUGCUACCUUACUCUGGAAUUUCAGGUUGCUCCAGCAAAAUAAUUUUAAGAAAGGUUAGCAUGUAAAAAGUAUCAGUUAAAUUAAUAUUGCUAGACUGUUAAUAGAAAUGAACUCAAGGAGCUUUUCAUCUUUAUUUUAUAAACAGUAAGCCUGAAUUUUGUUGUUGGUGUUUUGAUUUGGACCAAAAAAAUAGUAUUAUUAAUACUAGUUGUUAAGCUUCUUAUGCAGUUUUCUUUUUAUUAUUAUUAUUAUUAUUACUCAUUUUCGAGAGCAUUGAACAUGUUCAAAUGGUUGCUCUAGAUUGAGAGAGGAGAGAAGCACUUCCCAGGAGACUGUCUGAGGACGUUUGAGCUACGCGGUUCAUGCCAGUUGUCAACUGACUUCUCACUCAGUAGACCAAAAUAAAUCUACUUCUGCUGGUUUUGUGGUACUGGGAGCUCAGGAUGCACCCCCUGGAGGGAAUACAGUUAGGGCUGUCUUAGGUCCUUGGAGAAUCUCUCCCACUUCAGAGUGGCCUUCAAGCCUGGCCCUUGGAAUGUGGCCCUAAACAAGAAUUGGAAGCUGCCCGUGGGAGCUGGUUAGAGAUCCAGAGCUCCGCCCCACCCAACUCAUGAGACUCUGCAUCUUAACAAGAUCUGCAGGGGUUUAUCUGCCCAGUAACUUGAGGACAACUGUUCCAGAUUGCUUCCAAGUUUCUGGAAUACAUUAAAUAUGAAUCAGUAAUAAGUAGCAGGCCAAGUCAGGCCCUUUAUUUUCAAGAAACUGAGGAAUUUUCAUUGUAUAGCUUUGCUUUCUGGUACAUGCAAGAAAGACUAAGAAUACUGCUACCCAAGGUCCAGAAGGCCUUUGAAAUCACACUUCAAUGUAUGAAAACAAAUGUAUCAUGUAACUGUAUCUUUUGUAAGUUAAAGGUUUUCCUCUAUUAUUUUGUAAACUGAACAUAUUUGUACAUAGUUAUUUAUUGGAGGUAAACUAGAACACAGGCAAAGCCCUUGCUUAUGAUGUCACUUGUAUGAAAUAAAUAAAUGUCAGUGUGCUCUUGGA